GAGCUGCUUGUUUUGUGGGUCACUUGUGAAAUGAUUCAGAGCAGUAACUUACAGUAAGAGCAGUUCACAACUGACGAGAAAAAGAGGAAGACUGUAUAAGAUUUAUGUCUUAAACUGUAGAGGACUUUGGACGUAAACCGAAGAUAUUUCAAGAGUUUUGUGGACGUGAUAGGAGAUCAGGACUGAUGGAUGUAUUUCGGGCUGUGUUGCUCUGCUUUCAUGUGUUUACUGCGAUUCAAGCGAGUGGUGAUCAUCACUCUCUCAGAGUCUCUGUGCCCCAUCGGACCUACGAGUGUCCCGAAGGUGCAGAUGUCAUUCUGAAGUGUGUUCCGUCCGGGUCCAAGGCUUACCCGCAGGACACGUUCUGGACUACCUGGCUCUACACACCUCGCUCACAAGACCACUGCCAGAAGGGAGCACAUCCGCGCAAGGCCAAUCACACCAACCGCUCUCUGGGAGUGGAAUACUCCAGUGGAGACAAGGUCUUCUCAGUCUCAUUAAAGAAUGUCAGGCAUGCGGACCAGGGCAAAUACUGCUGCUGGCUUCUGGACCUCCAUGGCAAGCACAAGGAGCAGGACGCCCAUGACUUCAUGUACCUCACUGUGGUGCCAAUACCCGCAAAUGCUUAUAAUGGGAGUCUGAAAUGUUUGGAAUAUUCUCACACUGCUUCAGAUGACUCUGUGGCUGAAGGUCUGGCUAUCGCAGCCUGUGUUGCUUUUGUUCUGUGCCUCCCGCUAAUUCUGAUGCUGGUUUACAGACAGAGACAAACAGUAGAGCGACACAGACGUGCACACGAACUGGUGCGAAUGGACAGUGAAGCACAGGCGCAUGAGAACCCAGUGUUUUUGGGUGAUUCUCCAGAACCUAAAAUGCGGACAAUAUCCCAAAUAAUGAUGAGGCAGUCAUCUGAAACAGGACACCAUCUCCUGUCAGAACCAGGAACUCCAUUCUCUCCAAACAUACAAGGAGAACUGUUCUUCCCAGCACAGGACCCCAUCCCGGAGUCUCCCAACUUACUGGGAUAAAAGACGUCACAUUCACCUCCUCCAGGAAUGCCUAGAGCUUCUUUCCCUCCCCUCCAAAUCAUCAUCAUGCCCCUCUUUUUCCAGCAUUCUGCAAGGAUGAUGAGGAGAAACCCACUCAAAAUAAGACAAACAGACUCUUUGAUUACGGUGGGAUGCCUUAUCUGUUUGCCAAGAAGCAAAAUCUGAGUGUUUCACAAGUUGGCGUGAUCACAGGGAAAUUUCAUCAAGAGGGUCCAAAGAUGUCCUUUUUAUGCCAUUCGAGCUGCACACACCUCUGUUCAUCACAAGCUUUGUUUGUGAGAUGCACCGUGGCUUCAUUUGCACUUAAACAUGUCUCUUUUCCAAUCUGUAUCUCUUCUAGACUUCAGGGAUGUUUUAAUACCUCACGCUCUACUGUUUUGGAGUACUCAGCACUUCUUAAGUACUUCCUCGAUGCAAACAGCCAAAGUACUCGCUUUGUCACUGAAUCAAUGCUGGUGCUGGUCCCAGAUUUGGAGGUUGACCAGACGAACCAGCAGAUCCUCGAAUUUCUACGACCAUGCUUGUUUUAAAGCUUCAAAACUGCUGAUAAUGCCACAAAGGCUCUAUCCUGGGACCUUCACCGUUGUGAAUCAGUGGAAAAGCAAUGUUCUCGAAACACUCGCCAUCAAACCUGCUGAGCAAUGAUGGGCUUUUUAAAACCCUUUCGCGGUGAGUGUGGUGCUUUAACCAUAUUUGUAGCUUAUUUUACAAGCAUUCUUGAAGAAUGAGUGCAGAUUAUUGUGGUGAAUGUUGCAUUGGUGAUAAUCACACAGUUGCGUCUCUUACGUCACCUGUGGCUUUAAGGAGCUGAAGACUCAUGAAAGAUUUUUAUCUUUUGUACUGAUUUGCUUUAUUGGAUGUGUGGGUGUAUGAGUGAGUGUGUAACUGUUCCUUCAAAAGAAAAAAAAAAGCAAAGAGCUUGUAAACAGGAAGCUUCCAUGUAAAAUCCACUGCCAUAGUGUGCCAAAACUUUGCUUUGUAUAUGAAUGGAGAAUGAUUGCAAAUACACAUUGUAAAUAUGACGAUGAAUGCACCAGUUUGUACAUUUGAACAUGUGACUGUAUAAAAAAUGUAACAUAUAUGUAGCUCUGAUGACACGUCAAAAACAAUUGCUUAUAUCUCUUUUUAUAAAAAUACAAAUAAAAAAAAAAGUUCUGCUGAAA